ACUCAACUGGUAAGAUUUAAACGCAUCGCCAGACCAGAGCCUUUGCAGUCGCUCCUCGAAACGUUCAAAGUUUGGUAUUUUGUCUUGAAAGAAGAUCAAAAUGAAUUUCCUAGUUUUCUUGGGCCAUUUAGUUUUUGUCACUUCAAUCAUUCGAUCCGAGAAAGCAGGGGUUGCAGGAGCAGAUGAUUUCCGGUACCUGACAGGUUACGCUGGCCUCAACCAAACCGGCGCCCACUACCAGUUCACGGAGUACAUGCCCGACCUCAGCGUCGUGCAGAUGGACAACACCAUCGAGAGCUCAUGUGGUGUUGGAUACUGGCUGCUCUAUGACGAAGUGGACUACGACCCGCUCACCAAUGAAACUGAAUGCCAUUUUCGGCCAUACGAGUGCGGAAAUUGGAGCCCUCAGUGCCAAAACAUGGUAUCGUCGCUGAGGUACGCAGGAAGUCCGUACGGCCUCAACGACGACUACUACAACCUGUACGAGGGGACGAUCUUCCGGGGUAAGGAGUUCAGGGGCAACACAAACGCCGCUGACUUGGGGGACCUGGACAUGGCCGUGUCGUCUCUCAUCGUGACCGGACAGUCGGCAUGGACGUUCUACACCGACGUGAACUUAACGGGAUCCGACGUGUGCGUGUACGCGGAUGAACAUUAUACUUACGGUACCAUCGAUUUGGACUACGCACUUGUCCAAGAUAUGGAAAAGCUCGGUCUGCCCGACAACUCCAUCAGGUCUGUGGCGCGGGGCUGCCUCAGCGACCGCGUGCUGGGCCAACCCGGCGGUGAACGCCGCAGUCAAGACGCCAGCAACUGAACAGAUGCGCGUGAUGUUCAAUGCACGCGUGUUGUUUACAUGUAGUUGAUUAGAAUACGCGCCAAAAGUAUAGCGUAAGCAUGUCUGUUGCAUCGGUAUACUAGUGUUGUGGAAAGGUAAUGCGUCUUGAUGAUCCACUUAAAUGUGUCAACUGAACUUCUUUGAAUAUGGGAAUAUUAUCCACUCACUUGCUCCCUUGUGUGGCGGCAUUGACUCACCUUCGAGAUUCAAGACUAGGUCAUUGAGUUCCAAGUGGGUCAUAAAUGACGUUCAUUCAUGGUCAAGCAGCUGACUCAUCCAUGUUUAUUAUUCUGACCCACUCGAUUAUCUGCGUCUGAGCUUCUUACCUGCUAUCUCGUUUGAUUGCGCGUUCAUCUAAUUGCAAUUAAUUCACAAAUUGUUUUUUGCAUUACUUUCUUAAUAUUUGAAAUUGCAAUGUAAACGAUGCAUAUUCGAGCUUUAUAGUAUAUAUGACGUACCGUUGUUCCAUUUUCAGGUUUUCAGAGAGUUUCAGAAUUACGAUUUAAGUGCUCACCAGAAUAAUUAUUAUUUGCCGAAU